UUUAAAUUUUUGUUUCAUCACAUGUUAUCUUUUAUUAUUUUAUUAUUCUUGCUGAUUUCAAUUUAUAUAACAUUCAAAUUAAUAAUUUUAUAUUAUAAUCUUAAAAGAAAAUCCAACCUUCCUCCAAAAAAAUUUGCAUCAUUUUUUAACCAUCAGCCAAAAAUCCUUAACGAUGAAGCGCCCGAUGCCACAUUAUCGACCAAUAUUAAUCGUUGGAGAAUGUUUUUGGAUCAAGGACAAUAUAUAUGGAAAUAUGUGGACAAGUCAUUCGCCGAUUGCCGCCCCCAAAGUUUUCUCGAAAAAUAUCAUUUAAGCAUCGAUCCAAAUUUAGAUGACGCUCAUGAUUUCGAAAACAUAGAAAAGGAAGCAGACGGAAAGAAUCUUGACGUUGGCAUAAUUCGAGCCGUUGAAUUAGUGUCGCUCUUGCAAUGUAAAGCUACAGGCCAUUGGUGCGGAGAUUAUAGUGGCCCACAUUUUUUGAUUCCCUGCGCCCUCUUUACGUCGUUUUACGUUCACGUAAAAUCAUCUCUAACUUACAACCACGAUUACAAAAAAUCGGGAUUAGACCAUUACAGGAUAUCAACUAUCUUCGACGAAGAAAGAUGGCCAGAACGAACGGAAAUAUUGAGAUACAUCAAAAACAGCUCCGAUUCCUGCCGUUGGGGCCUUUACGAUGGGAUAGUGCAAGACAAUCCCCGCCCAUAUGUAUUGGCCACCGUUUUAUAUUACGUUUGUCUGAGAAUUCUCGGACUUUCUGCUACCGACCCAUUCAUAAUCAAGAUAAGGAAAAAUUUACAAUCGUUUCCCCAUUUUAUUGGAGAGAAUAAUGACCACGAGGAAAACCAAAACAUUUCUAGUGGCAACAAUUCCAAAGGUAAUCAAAAUAGCUAUUCGUCGAUAGCCCUAUCCAUUCCAACGUGGGGCAAAUUUUUGCUCACUAUCCUGGGACUGUACCAAUACGAGGGCAUAAAUUCUCUAUUCCCCGAAAUUUGGUAUAUCCUUCCCAAAUUCUUCUUUUGUCACCCUUCCAAAAUGUGGGCCCAUCUCCGGCAGCUUUACCUGCCCAUGGCUUAUUGUUAUGGAGCCGACGUUCGCCUAAAAGAACAGGAUCUGCCGCCCGUUUUGAAAGAGAUACGAAUGGAACUUUACGGCCCUGGUUAUCAAAGCAUCGAUUGGCCCCGGAAUCGGAAUAAUUUAGCCCCUUGCGAUUUAUACACGCCUCAUUCUGCGAUCUUGAAUCUCGCGUACGGAGUACUGAAUCUCUACGAAAGGUUUCACCUCGGUUGGUUGAGGAAAAGGACCUUGAAUUAUAUGUACCAGCACGUUUGCGCCGACGAUCGAUUUUGCAAUUAUACCAGCAUCGCGCCGAUAUCCAAGAGUUUCAACAUGUUGGUGAGAUGCCACGUCGACGGCUGGAAUUCCGAUGCUACCAUGAAGCAUUUGGAUUCCUUUAAGUAUUUUUGGUGGAUGGGCGAUAGCGGUUUAAGACUAAUGGGAACUAACGGAAGCCAGUUUUGGGAUACUUGCUUUUACGUUCAAUCUUUGUUAGAAAUCGUGGAAACAUCUUCAAGUUUAAACGUCGGUAAAAAUGAAUCAAAAGAAGAAAACGAUUGUGUGAAAAGUGCUGCCACCUGUAUAAUAUUGGCGGUUAAGAAUUACUUUAUGACCCAACAAUCACUGACUAAUCUCAAAGACUAUGAAACGUUUUUCAGGCAUCCUGAUAAAGGCGGAUUUCCUUUCAGUACAAAAGUGUGUGGGUGGAUUAUAUCCGAUUCUACCGCGGAGGCCAUUUUUAUUUUAUCGCAAAUUUAUCGAACACUUUUCGUCGAAAAAGGCGAAACUAUUUUGAAAACCGUGUUUAAUGAUAUUGCCAUUAUCGAUGAAAUUAAUCACAACGCAAAUGGUGGCGGCGACGCUUCGGGUAUCAACGAUAAAUACAAAUACAAUAACUUUUCGCCCGAAACUUUAAGAGAAAGAAUAUUCCUAGCGGUCGAUUGCCUUUUAACUUUCCAAAAUAAAAAUGGCGGUAUAGCCUCGUAUGAGAAGAACAGGGGAUCCGACUUUUUAGAAAUCCUGGAUCCAGCUGAAUUAUUUUCAGACAUCAUGGUUGAACAUUCCUACGUAGAAUGUACUAGCGCGUGUUAUAAAGGCUUGGCAAAAUUUUCAAAAAUAUUUCCAAAUUAUCGACCCCAAGAAAUUCGGAGUUUUCUAGAUAACGCUCUAGAGUUUGUCGUGAAAAGUCAAAGAGAUGAUGGAUCUUGGGAGGGAUCCUGGGGUGUUUGUUUUACUUACGCGGCUUGGUUUGCCUUAGAAGUUCUUUCCGAAUUUUCUCCUUUUAAUGAUCAAGAUCCACUUAUGUAUUUAGAUGAUUCCUCAAAUCCUGAAAAACUCAAGAGAAAGACCGCCGUGAUUAAGGGUUGCGUAUUUCUAGUCAAAAAUCAAAGAGAUGACGGAGGCUGGGGCGAAGAUUUUACCUCUUGUCCUUUGAGAAAGUACACGCCUAGCCUUAAAUACAAUAUCGUUCAAACCGCGUGGGCCUUGUUAGGUUUAAUGAGCGUCAAUUACCCAGAUCAAGGUGUUAUAGACAGAGGAAUACAUCUUUUGAAAAAAUCUCAACUGCCAAAUGGUGAUUGGCCCAAAGAACCCAAUACCGGGGUAUUUAACAAAACUACGGCUAUCAUUUUCACGAACUAUAAAAAUAUCUUUCCUAUGUGGGCGCUCGCGAGAUACCAAAAAUUAUUCAACAAAUUUUAAAAUGAAUUUUAUUAUUCUUCAUACUUUUUGAAAUCUAUUUUUUAUAAAAAAUAAAAUCGUUAAACACAUUUAUCUUUUCCCAAGUUGAGCCAAAAAUUUAAAAUGCCGGCGUAAGAUUAAAGAAUUAUUUUAAAAGAAUAGGACUUAUCCUUGCUGUUAUUAUGCUUUAAGCGUCAGUUGCAAAACUUUUAAUUAUAAAUUUAUGAUUAAGUUCUUAUCUAGCAAUUAUUUUAAGACAACCAUUUUUCUUUUUACUUUAAGAAAAAAAUAAUAAAACAGAUUUUGACAUAAGAGGUGUUUAAUAUUGAUACGCUAU